AUGCCGGCGACUCUGCGGGGACAUAGGCGUCAGAUCUCGAGGGUGGAGCAGGAGACGGACUUCGAGAGCCGCGCGGCGCUGGACAGCCACCUGGAGGCCUCCAAAGAGCAGGCCAUCGCCGAGCUCCGCUGUGACGAGGCCCAAGGGUCCGAAGGGUCUCACCUGGAUUCGCCGCCGCCCAGCUUUCCGCGCGGAGCUCCGCCCGGACAUCCGCUCGGCGGAAAUCCCGGCGGCCCAAGCUUGCGCCGUCUGAAGCAGGUUGAGGCUGACGUGGCCUACGGGAUUGAGAAGGAGUGUGGCAUCAACGUCUCCAGGGGUGUGGAUGUCUUCCGCCUGGUUCUGACGAACCCGCAGAGCAGCUUGCGCAGCACCACCCGCGUGUUGCUGGUGUCCGGGGAGGCCUUCGUCUUCGCGGCGCCAGGGCCCCGUGCGUCGCAUGCUCCGGUGCAGGCGGAGUCCCAAAGCUGGAUCCAAGUGAACCUGCACUUCUUCCGAGCUGCCGCGCGAGGCCCCUUGCCACAGCGCCUGGGAAGCUUGCCAGUGCUGCAUGUUGUGCUGCGCACCUCCGACGGCCUGGAGCAGGCCAUGGAGUUUGUGGGGGUUCAUCAGCG